GCUGCAGAACGGAGGAAGAGGGAGGGUUGCUCACACAAUCUGACUGGCGAAGCUGCUAGCUAGCUACAGUGCCGACAAUAAUAAAAGGGACACCCGUAAUGUUAGUACCUGAAUCAUCAAUCGUUUUUAUGACAACAAACAAUCAGACUCUGCUCUGGUAACCUUCCGCACAUCGCGGAAGCAUAAUUCAACGUGAACGGCUUUGACACGUCGCUGACAACAUGGCUGAAUUUCCCAUCGAUCAAAACAAACUGCCCGGAGUAAAAGAAGUGUGUCGAGACUUUGCUGUGCUGGAGGACCACUGCCUGGCCCAUAAUCUCCAGGAGCAGGAAAUCGAGAGCCACUUGGCAUCCAACGUCCACAAGAGCCGUCUAGUGCAGCAGGACGUAGCGUUGGCCAAGCAGCUGCAGGAGGAGGAGGACCGGAGGGCCCAAGCCAAGGCCAAGAGACAACACCGGGACAUUGAGCGCAGCGACAAUGAGAUUGCCCAGGAGAUACAGGAGGAAUUGGUCCGACAGGCGGAGCAGCAGCGCAAGCAGGAGGAGAAGGAUGCGGCCAUCGCUCGUAAGCUGCAGGAGAAGGAGAUGAAGGAGGAGAGGAAGCGACAGAAGCAGCUGGAGGCCAACUUUGAGGAGGAGUACUACGAGGAUAAAGGAGCCAUCCGAGCCCCUCUGGACCUGGAUGACAAACCCAGGCGACCUGGUUCAAACUCCCACUCCCCUGAGUCACAUCCCCUUACCCCGGGCUCACGACGCGACCUCUCCCCCAAGUACGUUUCUUUUGAGCCUAGCAGGACCAGAUACCCCCUAUACGACUCUGUGGAGCCUAGCACCAGCGGACGUUCCCGAUCCCCCGAGCACCAUUUAGAGAGUAGGGGAGGGGGUAGUAGGGGCAAGCAUGGAGACCCAUACCCCGAGGACCACCUCUCCAAUAGCAGGGGGAAACAUGGGGGCAGUUACCCAGACUACCACCACCCCACCGAGGGUAGAAGUAGAGGGAAGGGGGGCCAGAGGGGCCGAGACCCCCAGGGGUCCCAGUCCACCUACCCAGACAGCCGUGAGCCCAGGAGACACAGGGAGGAGAGAGGGGAUGAGGGAGAGCGGGUGGUGGUGAGGAGGAAGGAGAGGCCCGCCCGGCCGCCUCCGCAGUCCCACAACCCUGUGGAGGGAGACGAGGCCUGGGAGAGAGAAAGAGAGCGGGAGUGGGAGAAAGACCGGCAAAGAGAACCCAGGAGAGACGAGGAGAGGGAGAGGGACGCCCCGAGACACGAGGAGAGAUCGCGAGACGGACAGAGACAUGGGCAGCGAUCGCAAGACCAAGAGCAUAGCCGAGACAAACACAGAGAAAAAGACAGACGCCGAGAGAGAACCAAGAGCAGGGAGCGAGGUCUGGAUGAAGACUAUUACGAGCCCAUACCCAGCAGCCACAGCCGAGCCUGGACUGUUGGUGGGGAGGAGGGCCCUGGGGAUGAGGGGGAGUGGGGGCCCAUGGCCAGGCUCCACUCUGGCCCCAGUGAGCUGUGUGAGGAGGAGGCCAGGAGCCCCCGCGUGAUGAGGGGGGAGAGGAGAGGUCACAGGGACCCUGGGGAGGGGCCCAGCAUGGGCACGGAGCGCUCCUACACGCACCCCGCUCCCAGGGAGCCAGGUCGUAUCGUGCAAGGAGGACCAGGGGGUCGCGGCGCAGUGGUGGUCGGAGGGGAGUACGGGAUGGGCGAGGCCACCCAGGGCAUCGCCAAGCUGGAUCUGAGGGAGCAGGAGAUCCUGGACAUGGAGGUGGCCCGGAAACUACAGGAGGAGGAGGUCAAGGCGAGCAAGAUGGACAAGCGCGCAGCCCAAGUGGCUCAGGAUGAGGAGAUAGCCCGCCUGCUGAUGGAGCAGGAAAAGAAGGAGUACAAGAAGUCCAGGGAGAAGGAGAAGCAGGGGAUGAGGCCAGAAGAGAGGGGGAUGAGGCCGGAAGAAAGGAGGCGGCCAGAGGGAGGAGAAUUCAAGUCAAACUCGGAGGAGGUAGUGCGUCCCAGGUCCCGAGAGGAGGAGUACCAGAGGCACAGGAACCACCAAAAGCCUGCCAGACCUCCUCAACCUCUUCCACAUGACUACGAGAAUGUGGAGACCAGCUACAGCUACUCAGAGAGCCACUACUCUUCCCGCACUCCAGCCAGACCUGAGGCUGCUUACAAAGGUACCUAUUACAGGCAGUGACCCAGGCUCCCUAAGUUAUCCAUCCGUGACUUUGUUGUUCCUUUUUUAAAUAUUUUUUUUUACUCGUCGUUGCUGUAUUUGUAAAAACGCCCAUCACUUUGUUGACCAAGAGCCUUGGGACAAUGUCACCUAGUCGUUGGCGGUGCGAUUCUCCAGCGUGUGCAGUUGGCCGAGAGUUUGGGAAGCGUGCUGCUGAGAGCUGAAACAUACACGCUUUUAUCUUUCUUUUUUUUCCCGGUUUUCUUCUUUCAAUUGGCGCAACAGCCAAGACGACUCAAAGGAGAUGCCUUGUGACAUUUAUCCUCUUGCUGGCUUUUAACUGUUGAAAAUGGGGGGGGGGGUAUGAAAGCAUUUCUGUUUUGCUGUAGUUGUCGUUUGCUGGUGUUUCCGUCCGUCUGUGGAUCAUGCUCAUCAUGGUGAAUCAAGCCUUUGCUGGAUAUACUGUAUAACUGUUCAAUCUCCAUCGCUGUCUAUGGGAUGUGCCUGUGUUGAGCCGAAAUGGCCGCCAUUGUACGCCUUUGAGCCAAGAUGGCUGCUGAAGCUCGUUUGAGGCAAAAUGGCGGCGGCGCAGCUUUUUACACUCCCAGGCUCCAGUUCUCCCGUCCUCGUAUUGUGCUGCGCGUCUAGGAUGAACAACAUGACAGGCCCAGUCAUACGUGCUGCGCUGCAUAUAAUACUCCUUUUGAAAGACACAUUUUUAGCAUUUUCUUCACAGGAAAAAAAGAAAACCUACUAUAUCAGGAUGCUGGGUCUUUGGCUUUGUGUUUUAAUGCUUUCCAGUCCAGAAGCGGAUGGUGAUCGUAUGUGGACUUCUGACUUGUUGCCGGCUAUAAGCCGUUUCCAUAUGCGUGUAUUUUUCCUGUGUCUUUAAGGGGCUGGUGUAUUUCCCUACUUGGAUUAAAGACUUGGAGGUGGAAGUGGGGUUUUAUGGGACAUACUGCCAUGGUUAAGUGUUUUAUGUGCAUGCUUACUGACUGUGUGCUCUCUUGUGGGCUGAAUUUCUAUCCUCUCUGCGAAACUCUUUGACACUCCUUUAGUCAACGAGAGCCCAAGCCACUGAAAACUCCAUCCAUUUUGUUUUGUGGAUGAACAAAAUGCUCUUUUAAAUGUUGCCCUAAUAUAUUUGGUUGUAUGUUCCAUCAGUAUUUGAUAGUCUCAUCUGUUUACAUGCUCUCAGCGCUAAGACAAGUGGACCAGUAAGAAUUGAAUGCAUGUAUAUUGCACCUGUGUGCCAAACAUAAAAUUGUGGUGGUCUUGGCAGGGCUGUAUUCACUUGGACCCAAACGGGACAAAACAAGGAGGGACCUAACUGAAUUCGUAGAAAUAGAAACUCUUGAUUUUUGUUGCAAAACAUUUUCCGUUGCAAAAUCUUGUUUUCUGUACAUUCCAUAAUAAAAAUGCAUUCUGUCUCUUUCUCUCACA